AUGUCCUUAUUGGCAUUGGUUAUGGAUAUAGAUCCGGACGAAGGUACUUCGGAUGGUCGUGUAAAGCGUAAAGCAAACAACAUCGAAGUCGAAAUCAAACAAGAGCCAGACAUUAAGGAGGAACCAUCGGAUGGCAAUGAAUUUGGUUUGGUCACACGUUCAAAUGAAAGAUUUGGAGCAGGUGUAGCGACUGUCACAUUGCACAUUGAAUUGGUGGACGAGUCUGAAUCGGAUUUUGAGUUUGAGUCUGAUUUAAAUGGUGUGAAAGUGGAGGUGAAGUGCGAAGAAACGAAGUCCGGAGAAAAUUCAUCAACGAAUUCGGGCUCGAAUGGAAAUGAACCAAAUGCGCAUGGACGUCAAGGUGAUGGGCCAAUGGUCCAAUCAAACGUCAUUCGCACGAGACUCAAUUCAAACGUAAAUGGAAAGAAGCGCGAUGGUUCAAGAAAACAGAACGAACGGAAGAUACCGAGGAACAAGGCGGCAAAGAAACGAACGGAGAACAAGUGUCAUGUGUGCGGUUAUGUUACAACUCGAAAAGCGGAUCUCACAAGACACCUUCGUAUUCACACAGGUGACAAGCCGUACAAAUGCGAAGAAUGUUCAAAAAGAUUCACACAAAAAGGCACCUUGUGUCGUCGAGGAUUAGCAAAAGAAGAGGAUAAAGUAGCACACGAGAAGAUUUGUCGCUGUCGUCAAUAUCAAUGUUACAUUUGCAAAGUUUUCAAGUCGAAAACAACCAAUCUACGAAAUCACAUGCGGAUGCAUCACACGGGAGAGAAGCCGUUCCAUUGCAAGUGGUGUGCCAAGUGUUUCAUUCAAAAGCACGAAGCCGAAAAACACAUGAAUCGUAUCCACCGUUCCAAAAAAUGA